CCCUCUCGUGAUUGCUGUUUACUGGGUCGGGUUCUGGGAAAGCGCCAGAUUGCAUCAGACAGGGCCUGAGGAGGACACGUGGCCUUAUAAGUUGGGGCCGGUGAACAGGGAGGUGUCGGGAAACCAGACACAAACAAAGCUUUUGAAGACGACACAGAGAGAGACAGCGAGAGAGAGUCAGAUACAAUGGCCUCCUUGCCGAGAGCAGCCAGCCCGGCCCGGCAGCCCCCAGGCCCAGAGGACGAAGACCCCAGCCUGGAUGAGUACGACCUCUAUAGCCUGGCUCAUUCCUACCUGGGAGUGGGAGGCCGGAAAGGUCGCACCAAGAGAGAAGCUGCCGCCAACACCAACCGUCCCAGCCCUGGUGGCCAUGAGAGGAAGCUGGUGACCAAGCUCCAGAACACGGAGCGGAAAAAGCGAGGGGCACGGUCCUGAGGCGGAGCUGGAAAUGAGGCCAGAGCCUCCGACACCACCCGGCGACGGAGACAGGACCACGGAGAAUCGGAGAAUCGGCACCUGACGGCAAGGCCCAGGCCUGCUUCCCCCCAAUUCUCUCCCCAGGACUCACCCUACCUGACUGAGGCUCUGAGGGGCCACCAAGGAAGUGCCCCCAGCCCCAGCAAAAGGGUAAGAUAGGGAGUAAGAGGCAGGGAAUGGAGAGGCACAGUCGCAAGAAAAAAAAAAAAAAGCCCCUAAAAAGAAAGACAGCUAAGAAAUUGGGCCUCCCUAAGGGUGGGAAGGACAAUAAACAAAGUACAGCUGCA